GCCUGAACCCAGGGUAGAGGUUUCAUCGCAGCUUCCUUGAGGUCUGGUAGUCAGAUGCAAUUGGAAUUGGUGUCAAACCAUCCGGUAAGGUUGCUUCAAGAGGAGUUGAUGUUUCCCCAUCUAAAGGCAUCAAUAAAGGUUCAACAAAACGUUCGCCUGAACCCAGGGUAGAGGUUUCAUCUGCAGCUUCCUUGAGGUCUGGCAGUUCAGAUGCAAUUGGAAUUGGUGUCAAACCAUCCGGUAAGGUUGCUUCAAGAGGAGUUGAUGUUUCCCCAUCUAAAGGUACAAAUAAAGGUUCUACAAAACGUUCGCCUGAACCCAGGGUAGAGGUUUCAUCAGCAGCUUCCUUGAGGUCUGGCAGUGCAGAUGCAAGUGGAAGUGGUGUCAAACCUAAAGAUCAAGAAGCAUCGAGUAAAGGAAACAAGCAGGAUGCAACAACCAAGUUGAAAUCAGCACAACCUGCCAAGCCUUUUUGGGAGCCUUCAAGGAUAUUUGCUGCUCCUAAGAAGGACCAGGAUGACAGGAAAGGGCAAGUAAGUGCUGGUGAGUCUUGUUCCCAGUCAAACAAGAAAUUGGGAAACAAAAUGCCCCUUGAUCAACAAACAAGCAAUGCGAAGAAAGAUGUGACAAAAAAAGGAUGCGAUGCCAAUUCGUCCAGUGAUAAGGACAAAUGGCCUUCUUCAACCUCUUCAUCUGAAACGAAAGAGUUGCAUUGUAAUCCAAGGGCAUCUGCCAGAGGAGCUGGUUGUAAUUCGUCCACCCUCAAGCCGAGUGAUAACUCAACAUCCAAGAGAAUCAGCCAAACAAAAGACCUGCCUCUGAAUUCAGGUACAAGCUAUUCCUAUGUUGCCUGGCGGGACCAGAAUGCAAAAAGAGCUAUGGAUGCUGUGAAGAAGUCUGACCCAGCAGCCUCAACAGAAACUGCCCAUAAUAGAACCUUUUCAAGUGCUGAUUCCAAGAGUGGUAGACAAUCUGAUGCUGAGUCCGUUCAGAACCCGGGAGACAGACCGACAAAAGUGAAUGUGUCACAGCAUACAUGCGAAGAACCUAGACUAAAAUCUGAAGCAGUGACCUCCGAAGUUCCUUCAGAGAGUACAUUUUCAACAAGAGGCCUAGGGAAUAAAAAAUCGCAAUGUCCAUCAUCAGGCAGACAUCCAGAACCAACACCAGAUACAGCUUCCACCCAUUCACAGGACUCGGGCUUGAACUUCAGAAGUGCUCCCAAAGACGACAGGAAUCGGGAUGGGUUUAGUAGAACUAGGGGUAGUUCCAACGAGGUGCCAUCUGCAGAACCUGAUGUAAGAGCAAAAGAGUCCAGCAAGCCACGGCCCAUGGAGUCCAAGACGAGACCAGACUCAGGUGUGGCUGCCAAUAGCCAUCCACACCAGCAAAGACGAGCAGAGGGAAGCACCUCCAGGGCAUCUCAACCUGGAAGGCCAGCAAGUGACUCCGCAUCCAAGUCUUCCCGGCCAGGCACUGCUCAAGGUCCCAGACAACAGUCCUCAACUCGGGCUUCAGCAGCAAGGGCUGCCCCUUGUGCCCGAGAGGACGAUGCUGGAACGAGACCUAAGGACAGAAAAAGAGAAGGGACGUCACCGGCGGGAGCAACAACAGACAAUAUUGACAUCGAAGAUGUUGACCCUUGGUACAAGUGGACAAGAGCCAUUGGUCGAGGCCUCUGGUGGGCACUGUGCUUUGCUGUCUUCCUGCUUCUCAUACUCCUGGCCUGUCUGUACAGCACACUUAAGGUAGGCAUAAAGUACAGCUGGCACAUACUGCGAGAGCUGGUAAAACUCCUUCAAGAAAACUGGCACAGUGGAAGGGCAUAUCAAGGAACCUCUGGGGGUCAAGGGUCACGGGGGUCAUCCAGCCAUGGGAACCGUAGCCGGGCACCAGCUGAACCCACGAGGAGCAUUGAUAUACCAACGUCAGGGGGCGAAGCCAUCAAGAGAUUGCUACGCUGUAACCGAGACAAUCCCUAUGAAGUGCUGGGCGUGAGCUCAGAGGCCAGCGAAGACGACAUCAAGAAAUAUUACCGGAGGCAAUGCAUGCUAGUGCACCCUGACAAGAACGACCUUCCUGCUGCUAGUGAGGCCUUUCAAAUCCUCCAAAAGGCGUAUGAGACUCUGACCGAUCCCGUCAAACGAAGAGAAUUUGAGAUGGAAAGCCAGCACGCCCACUUCGACGAAGAGAUGGAAGACUUGAUGAAGAAAAUGGAAGAGAAAAUGGAAGAGGUUCUGAAUACGCUGAGCUGCGAUGUUUGUGGUGGCAAGCACCGUCGCUACGAGACCAACAGAGAUCCGUACUCUGCACGCUACUGCAGCCGGCACGGCUUCAGACACCCCGCACAUGAAGGUGAUGUGUGGGUAGAAACGUCACAUUUGGGAUUCAAGUGGCACUUCUACGCAAUGAUGGAAGAUAAGAUAUUCGACAUCACGGAAUGGGCAGUCUGUCAGGAUAUGAAGUACAUGGAACCCAAUUCAUGUGAGGUGCGUUACCGCGUGGGGACCCAACGCAGCCGCAGUGCCCCCCGCCAACGAGCCCCACCCCCUGGCGCUCACGGCUUCACCAACCAUCACAGCCACCAUCGGGGACAGGAAUUCAAUGACGAUAUGGCUGAAGAAAUGCUGAAAGAGUUCUUGCGUCAGUUCCAUCAGGGCGAUCCGAGAGGGGGCAGAGCUGGAGGCCCGAGCUACGGGGGAGGGGAUGCCGGCAGCCAAGAAAGAGGCAAGAAGCACAAGAAACAUCGGAAGAAGAAACGAUAGUUGCAUAAGUAAAAAAUCAAAUAGAUCUCCCCUCCCCCUGUUUUUGGGCAAGUGGGGUUUGACCUGCAGUAUCUAAGGUCUGCAUUUCACAAUAGCUUUGUCUCCAUCAAUACUUUGAGACAAGCAAUCUUGUUUAUUCUCUAAUUUCUUAUUCACUUAAAGCCAUCGCUGGUCUUGAUGAAAGUGCAGAAAAAUUACUUGCAAGCAUGGCGGUUUUAUUUGUUGAAGAGAUAUUCUAAAAGAUGGUUAACUAUCAGAGUAAAUUGGUUUAUAUUUAUUUUGCUGAUAAAUAUGUGUAAUUAUAUGUAGAUAUGACAACCUUUUGGAUGAUAUAGAAUGACAUCGUAGCCUAGGCGAUGGAGAAUUAAAUGUUGUGUCAUGUUUAAUGGGACUGAAAGCACACGUCUUUCUGCCCUAGUCUGGAGUUUAAUGUGAGCAUAAACGUUUUACUAAAAAAUGUUGUAUAUGUAAGUCAAAGUUAUAAGUGACACCGGUGAACUCUGAACAGCAAAUGUCAUUACAGUCGAUGUCUCGUCCAGGAGAGCUCCUCAAGCUUUCACCAUGUACGUUCACGGACAGCUCCAAGCAAGACAGCAUUUUGGAUUAAACAUUUCAUCAAUCAACCGCAAAAGUCCAACUGUUUGUCAAUGAGAGUAACAGGCUGUGUAAAACAUGUUGGUGACAUCUUUCAUUUGCCAUUCUCCUGGGAAUUGUCUCAGUUUAUGCUUUGAUGUAAUUUACAUUUUUGAUGGUACCCUUCAUUAACCCUAAUAGUCCCCAAUCCUUCAAUUUCAUUAUGAUUUUACACACACGGUAAGGGGUAUGGUUAAGAAGGGGAGGACGAGAACCUGUCUUCCCUUUCUCAUCAAAUCUUUCUAAAUUUAACUUUAUUUCAUUUUGUUAAAGAUUUUGGUGGUUUUUUCCCUUAGAAGGAGAAAAAGAUCACAGAAUUUCCAAACGUCCCACAUUCAUACAUAGUGGAGUUACAGGUGUAGUUCUGUUGGUCUGCCUUGGUGUUAAACUAAAUUCUAUGUCAAGCACCUUUUUUGUUACCUGUUUUCCCAGAGUUAUGUUUAAAUUGGGUAAAAAUGCUGUAAACUGCUUUUUACCAACUUGUAAAUCCAGUAACCCCAAUGUUACCGCUAAGCAAUUUUGGAAACAUCUGGACCAGCCAUGCAGUUGGAUGUAAUUGAAGCUAAGAAUAUUAAAGGGGAAAAUACAGGAAAUAUGAGGAAAUUGUUUGUGUCGCUGAUAAAAAAUAUGAAAAGUCAUGUCCAAGAAAUUGCUGUUCACAUGAAUCCCUAAUUCCUCCCCAUCCAAAUUUCGUUGUGAGGCUGAAGUUUGCUGUUUUGUGAGUGAACAGGUCUACCUGAUCCCCGGUAGUGCCCCCCUUCCUUCCAGCCUCAGUGUCUGAGUACCAAAUGUUAUGCAAGAUUAUUUUGUCACUUUGGUCGGGCAGCCAAAUCAAUGCACAGGCAGUGGCCCGCUGAAAGACAGCCCAACCCUUUAUGUAGCUUGGCUCGUCAUAGAAUCCCAGGACAUUCAGUGAAAAUCCAAGGUGCCACUUCGGCCGCAUGUAAUAUUUUCAAGCAGAUUGGGCAGGACAUUAAUUUUACCCCCCAGUGGAAAUAGUUCACUGUUGGACUUUGUCAGGUUAAGUGGCUUUAAAUCAGGGCAGCAUACUAGAGAGGGCUCAGGUUCUAUAUCAACAGCUCUUUCAGUUAAAAAGCCUUGUUAAAUUAUCCACAUUUUCAUGGUUUUGCUAGGUUCCCAGGAAAACCCCCCAAAAUCCAAGAAGUGUUUAAUUAAAGUGUUAACGUUAUA